CCGCGUUCCUAGCCGGGAGCGACCUGGAGUCCCGAGCCUCGCGCCCCAGCCGCCGCCGCCGCCGCCAGUUUUGGCUCCUGCCCGUUAGAAAGAGGAGGGAGGGGGCAGAGAGCGCGAGGAGGGAGGCGACCGGAGCCGGAGGGUCCCGAGUCCAGCACCGUGAUGACGUAGAGAAACUUUCCCUCUGGGCCACGGAAACGGCGCCCCGGCCGUGCUGGAGCCCAGAUCACCCGGCUCCGAGGACGCUGCAGCUCUCCACACCCUUGCCCGAAGCCUGACCCGACUGCAUUGGUCCGUAAGGGACGGAGAGAGACGACUUCGGGGUUUUCGCUGGCUGCGAGCCCGCCUACCGCCAGAUAAUAAAAUCUCUUCCAUGGGCCUGUGUCUCCUGAGUCAUUCUGGGGUAAGGAGGGUCACGGCGAGAUACCCUUUCAUUGGUGCUGUGACUCGGAUGAGGCUCUCCCAUUGACUUUGCUCUUCCUCCGGGAACCUGAAUUGCUCUGGGAACCCUCACUGCCCGAUCCUCCUCCACGGGCUCACCGUCCAUCUCCCCAGUCGCUCAUCUUCUCACCCAACACCAGCCUUCAAUUUGAACCUAAAGGUGUGAUUGAAGGAAAUAUCUGCCUAGUUGAUCUUCAUCAUGAACCGUGCUUUCAGCAGGAAGAAAGACAAAACAUGGAUGCAUACGCCUGAAGCUUUAUCAAAACAAUACAUUCCCUAUAAUGCAAAGUUUCUUGGCAGCACAGAAGUGGAGCAGCCCAAAGGGACAGAAGUUGUGAGAGAUGCUGUAAGAAAGCUAAAGUUUGCAAGACAUAUCAAGAAAUCUGAAGGUCAGAAAAUUCCUAAAGUUGAGUUGCAAAUAUCAAUUUAUGGAGUAAAAAUUCUAGAACCCAAAACAAAGGAAGUCCAACACAAUUGCCAGCUUCAUAGAAUAUCAUUUUGUGCAGAUGAUAAAACUGACAAGAGGAUAUUCACUUUCAUAUGCAAAGAUUCUGAGUCAAAUAAACAUUUGUGCUAUGUAUUUGACAGCGAAAAGUGUGCUGAAGAGAUAACUUUAACAAUCGGCCAAGCAUUUGACCUGGCAUACAGGAAAUUUCUAGAAUCUGGAGGAAAAGAUGUUGAAACAAGGAAACAGAUUGCAGGACUACAGAAAAGAAACUUAGUGUUCUCAUGUGACUUUGCUUCACUUCCUGAUGCUUCUCAUGGGGAUCAGAGCAGCAGAAGCAACAGAUGCUGGAUUCAAGACUUAGAAGCAGAAAAUAUGGAACUUAAAAACAAAGUACAGGAUUUGGAAAACCAGUUAAGAAUAGCCCAAGUAUCAACAUCUCCAGCAGACAGUGUGACACUUAAGUCACCCUCCACUGACAUCUUUGAUAUGAUUCCAUUUUCUCCGGUAUCACACCAGUCUUUGAUACCCACUCGCAAUGGCACGCAGCCACCCCCAGUACCAAGUAGAUCUACUGAAAUUAAACGGGACCUGUUUGGAGCAGAACCUUUUGACCCAUUUAAUUGUGGAGCAGGGGAUUUCCCUCCAGAUAUUCAAUCAAAAUUAGAUGAGAUGCAGGAGGGGUUCAAAAUGGGACUAACUCUUGAAGGCACAGUAUUUUGUCUCGACCCGUUAGACAGCAGGUGUUGAUGUCAAGAACAGGAGAUCCUGAUUCAUGUUAAGUUUGUUUUAUGUAUAUAUACAUCAUUUAUUCAUUAUUUUAUGACAGGAAUUAUGCACAUACCAAUAUAUUUUUUAAUAUCUUAACUUUUCAAAAAUUAUUUCAGUGAAAUGUUCUCUUACAUUCAUUGUAGAUUUCUAACAUUUUAUUUUAAAACAAAUCAUAUUUUAUGUUCCUUUCUUUUUGUUAUAAGUGAAUUUGUAAUAAAAAAACCAAUUUAUCCAAAUAUCUGCCCUGCAUCUGAGUUCUAAAUAAUUAUCAUCUUAAAAAUUCAUGUUAAAUCUGUGGGCUACUAGUUCAUUAUUGAUUCCCAAAAGCCAUACCAUAAUAAUUCCUUUCAACGUCUUGAGGAGAUAUACUAAAGCCAGACUAAAUAUGACCUGUAUUCAAGUAAAUAAACAUGUUACCAUCCAUUAGAUAGAUGUAAUUUUAUUUAUUGAAUGUCACUUAUAUCAUUGGGAAAAUGUAAAUUUGAAUAUAAUGCCACCAAUUCAUUUUUAGCAGGUAGAAUAACAAAAAUAUAAAUCCCAAUUAUAAUUAAACCAAAUAAUUAGGGUAUAUAUUAGUAAAAGCAAGGUCAUAAUAAUAUUAGUUAUUAUCAGUUAACUCUAAAUAUUAUAUUUAUUUCAUAAAUAAAUAUUGCAGAAAAAACUAGAAUUUCACGAUUUAUAAAACACUUAAAAUUUAAUUUCUAAUGAGAUAAAUCACACUGCUAAACAUCUAACUGUCAUCGGAUGUGAUGUUUUCCUUAAAAGCACUUGGAAUAUAUGCUGUGUGUAGUUGCAAUGUCUAUACCCAUAUUUACUUUACCAAAUAUAUUUUUUUCUCAAUAAGGUUAUCCUUCUCAUGUUUUCUCCUUUGAUCUUUUCUCACCAAAGUUGAUUUCGUGAUGCCCCACUAGUUUUAAUACUUUAAAAUCCGUGGCAACUAUUCUUUAUGAAUCAUCAAUAUUAAUAAGCAAAUUUAUAUUUGUACUUGUUUUGUUGAAGUCAGAAUCUCAUUUUCACAAAAAUCAAGUUGCUGCUCAGUUUAGUCUAGCAUGAACAAUAAAAUUUUCUUGUACCUCA